ACACCCAACGAGCUGUGGCGAUCCUGGCCCGCUAUCAGGGGGUUCUGCAGUCCCCGGCGGAGCAGCCUCUGCGAGCCUCAGUCGAGAAAGUGGUCCGGGUGUUUCAGAGCGAGCUGUUCCAGGCCCUGCUGGACAUCCAGGAGUGCUAUGAGCUGAGUGUGCUCCCUGCUCGCCAGCAAGAUGGGCCGGCCAGUCUGGGGUCAGGGCCCCCCGCCAGGAGCCACGAAGCUGCUGACCCAGCGGGCCGAGAGGGACAGCAGCCCCUGCAGGGAAGAGCAAUGGGGACCCCAGAGGCCGAAGCGGUGCCACAGCUGGUGAGAGUGACCCAGAGCAGGACUGAGCCGUCCGCCCGAGUCUGCGGUCUGGUGGUGGUGGGUGCCAGCAGCGUCUUGCCCAAG